ACUCCUUGAUUCCCCUUCUUCGCGAUGCUAGCGAAAUAAAAUGAUUGAAACGAAGACGCGUGUAGUCAUUCGAGAGUGAAACAUAGCUAUCGACAAAGCUAAGAAAGGUGGUAACGAACGGGUGAUAUACAAUAUCUAAAGUAUGAUCGGUUUAUUAAUCGUCGUUUCUAUCGUUGGAAUUGGCAGCAGCGUCAAUGUCGAAGAUAAGUAUCGUUCACCGUGGCAUUACAAAUGCGAGGGUGGUCUUUGCAAAAAGGAAUUAAUUAGAAGCGAAAUUACAUUGGCUGUCCCAUUGGAAAUAUGCGAAUUAUUUUGCGAUGCAUCCAGUUCGUUGUGGCCAAAAGCAACCGGUCACUUGUCUCUCAGCAAAAAGAUGGUUCACCUUGAUCCCGAGAAAAUCGAAUUAAUCGAUACGCCGAGUGGUACACAAGUUGAAUAUCUUCUUGAAAGAAAUAUGGAUUUAUUACGAGAGAAUGCAAAGAAUUUGAACGGGAAAUUAAUAGAAAGUGGUGAUGGUGGUGCAGGUAUGCUUGUACGAUUUACGGGACUCGUUAAAACUGACCGCAUCAAAUUGACCUUGCACACGGAUGAAAGUUACAGUUUAACUGUGACACAAGUAAACGAAACGUUACUGGAAACAAGAGUGACCGCGAGAUCGUAUUUCGGUGCACGACACGCGCUGGAAACGUUGAGUCAGAUGAUCGUUUUCGACGAUUUUCGGAAUCAGAUUCAAAUUCCAAAUGAAAUCUCGAUUACCGAUGGACCCGUAUAUCCGUACCGUGGACUAUUACUGGAUACCAGCCGGAAUUUCGUCGACAAGUCAAAGAUAUUAAAAACGAUCGAUGGAAUGGCCAUGUCAAAGUUAAAUACUUUACACUGGCACAUAAUCGAUUCUCAGAGUUUUCCGUAUGUCAGCAGAACGUGGCCAAAAUUUUCAACGUUCGGUCGUUACGCUCGAGACAAGAUCUACGAUGAAAAAGACAUUAAGGAGAUUCGGGAUUACGGGCUGGUUCGUGGUGUCAGAGUAUUGCCGGAAUUUGACGCACCAGCCCACGUAGGAGAAGGAUGGCAAUGGGUGGAAAACGAUGCGAUCGUUUGCUUCAAAGCGGAACCAUGGAGAAAUUAUUGCGUCGAGCCACCCUGCGGUCAACUUAAUCCAACCAGUGAUAAAGUAUACCAACUUCUCGAAGGAAUAUACAGAGAUAUGUUUGAAGAUUUUCAACCAGAUCUAUUUCAUAUGGGAGGAGACGAGGUGAACCUAAAUUGUUGGAACUCUUCGGUCGUUAUUCAAAAUUGGAUGAAAACGGUUCAAGGUUGGAAUCUGUCGGAAACCAGUUUCUACAUGCUUUGGGAAUAUUUUCAAGAACAGGCAUUGGAAAGAGUAAAGCUGGCUAACGGAGGCAAAGAAAUACCCGUUAUUUUAUGGACCAGCGGUCUAACCAACGAAAAGAAUAUCAAUCGUUUGGAUCCGGAUAAAUACAUAAUACAAAUUUGGACGACCGCGAAAGAUCCUACGGUCGGUAGAUUAAUAAGAAAUAAUUUUCGAGUGAUCUUUUCGAAUUACGACGCCCUUUAUUUAGAUUGCGGUUUCUCAGCGUGGAUCGGUGAUGGUAAUAAUUGGUGUGCACCUUAUAAAGGCUGGCAAAAGGUUUACGAAAAUUCUCCUUUGAAGAUAAUUAGGUCGCAAGGUCUCGAGAUGAAAAGGAAUUUGGUGUUAGGAGGCGAAGCGACUCUUUGGACGGAACAAGCUGAUAGCAUGUCCGUUGAUUCGAAGCUAUGGCCUAGAUCCGCGGCGCUUGCCGAGAGACUAUGGGCCGAGCCGAACUCUAGUUGGAUUUAUGCAGAGCACAGAAUGCUCAGGCACAGACAACGACUGGUAAAAAGAGGUAUCCUCGCCGACGCAUUGGAACCUGAAUGGUGUUUACAAAAUCAAGGCCAUUGUUACGCUUAAUUCUAUACUCGCAUAUACUCGUAUAUACUCGUAUCAAUUAUAAUGCAUUAGUUUGGUCCGUUCGAUC